AUGGCAGAAAAGCACUUCCGACUGACCCACAAGUGCAACUUGCAACAAGACAAGUGGAAAUACAUCGUAGAUAUUUCGCCCCACGCCACUUGGUACGAAAAGUGUUGGUUCAAGUUCCGCGAAUUUUGCACAGUGUACAAAAGCGCCGAAAGUAGCACCAGAUUUCGGAGCAACCGCUCACUGUUGAAAGAGAAACUCAGACAUUUAAAAGGGAAGCAGUACCGCUUUGUUAUCCACCCGUUCAGUCGCUUCGUCAAGUGUGAAGAACUGAUAAUGCUAGUGGUGUGGUUCAUCAUAUUUUUAUUCGACCCGUUCUUGGGCAGCUUCUUCGUCAAGAAGUACGUGGGGGAGGAGAACAGCACCUCGCUCGUGUUCUACAUUUUCUGGUGGGUUGUCAACAUUCUGGUGGCCGUGGACACGUUCGUGCGCUUCUUCACGGGCUACAUGUUCUACAAGACGGAGGAAAUCGUCCUGGAGAUGGGGAAAAUCUUCAAGAAUUACAUCAGGACUUACUUUUUCAUCGACGCUAUUCCUCUAAUCACCUCACUGAUACUUCAAGUCAACAUGAAAAAAAUACCAGUUAGAACACAAGUGUUGGUCAUUCAGAUCAAGAUGUUGCGUCUGUUCCGGCUGCCGUCCCUCAUUUAUAAUUUGCGACUGCUCUUGAAAAUUCUGAAUGUGAAAGACACUGUUUGCACUUUUGUGUACAUUGGACUUAUUGCAGUUUUGUUGUUGCAUUGGUGGACUUGUUUGGUGGCUUUAAUUCCGAUCACGCGUCAGUUGUACAACUUACCUGCAACUUCGUGGGUUCAAGGUUACAGGGAGGAACUCGAAUUUUUGAAAAUCUUUGAUUCGAAAAUCAAAAACCAGAGUUACGUCAGUGACUAUCUCACACACAUGCAGAUGGUCUUGUGUCAUUUUUACGGCGCUGGGAAGGGGGCUUACGCCGUCAACGACCCUUUCGAACGCAUCAUUUUCUCCCUAAUCCUCAUCUCAGGUCUAGUAUUCAGUAUCUUGACUUUGGCAAAUGUGCUUCAAACUUUCGGCACUGUCAACAUAUCGGAGGCAAAGUUCGAAGAGUUUCACUACCAAACCCAGGAAUACAUGACCAAGAGCCGGUUCUCACACAAGUUGAGACGGAGAGUCAACAAGUACUUGGAUUACAAGUACGCUAAGAGGUUCUUCCACGAAGACAAGAUUCUGAACACGCUGUCCGAGCACCUUCGGAUGGAAGUUCUUCUUUACAGUUGUAAAAAUCUGGUCGAACACGUGCAGAUUUUCAGAGGGUUGUCGCGUAGUGCGGUUGGGUGUAUUUUGGCCCUUUUGAAGCAGGAGAUUUAUUUGCCGAAAGAUACGGUCAUGUCGACGGACAAAGACGGGGGGAAGUUGUUUUUCGUCCUUUACGGCACGUGUCUGGUUAAUAUGUUGGGGGGGCAGGAGUUUGGGCACAUUGAAGAUGGGCACCAGGUUGGCGAGAUAAGUUUUUUUGAAAGUUUGCCCAACGUACGAGUGAUCUAUAAGGUGGUGGCGGCGGAAACGUCCGAAGUUUAUUGUUUGGAGGAGAAGGAUUUGCAUUAUUGUUGCUUGAGGUAUCCGGAAAUUAUCCUCAAGCUGCAGACUAUAAUGGACCAGGACCAGACAAGGUUGUUCCAACAAAUUAGUUUAGUGGAACCGACUUAUUCGGAUGUGGACGUUGCGGAUAUUUUGACCGAGUUGAGGGAGGGACGAAUUAUCUCACGGGGGAGGAAAAGGAACGAAUGA